UUACCACAACCGUUCGACCGACGACGACGACGACUUCGACCGCGGUCCGACGACACGACUCGUUUUCUAAGACGACCGUGGUGUGUAGUGGGUAUUGUAGUAGGCACGUCUUAUGCCAUUCCGUCGUCUGCACAUGGACGUGUCACACGUGUAGUUUGUGCCCGCGCUGCACACCGUAACGACUCGCGCGCUAUAUCGUAUUUAUUUUUUUUUUUCGACAUUAAUAAAAAAAUAAUUUUACGACAGAAAAUUCGUCGUCGUGCGAUACUUCAACAUAACACCGUCAUCGCUUAUGUUUGAUAUAAUAUAAUAUAUAUAUAUAUACAUUAAAAUUUUUACACUCGCUCAGUGUCCGUCUUGCAGUCAUUGUGUGCGGGAGGCGACGAUAAACGCUGUCCGCCGAUUUCGUCGUGUGUUCGCGUGCCCAUAUAAAAUACGCUGUGUAUAUCAUAAUAAUAUAAUAAUAAUAUUAUAUAAUCGACGACGAUCCCGCCGGAGUACCGCCACGCGCCCGACGUCUUGAAUAUUGUGUACAAUUUUUAAAAAUUUUUAAAAAUAGAAAAACCGCGCGGCACAUGCGCCACUAGUUCUAUUAUUGUACGAACGCAGGUCGAAUUACUCGCGCUCGUGCGGUGGCGGGAGGGCGACUGUGGAAUUCAACACGACGACGGCAUAACCGUUCGUAUCUUCAUUGCAGUGGCAACAGCACACCGCCGGUGUCCCGCCGUUAUCAGUGCCGCGGCCGUUGUUAUCAGUGACGUUUGUUUUCGUUAUUUUAGUUGAAUUUUUUUUAUUAUUAUUGCUUCCGUUUACCCGUACUCAGAAGUAUUCGUUCGUCUUUUCCGUCCCGCCGAAAAGGAAAUCACGAGUAGAUAAUAUAUUGUACUCGCCGUUUGCCGCGGUCGGCCGGUGCUGACCGUAUCGCGUGUGCGUGCAGUGCGUGGAUGACCAGUCGUAGGCGGUCAAGUGCAUGAGGUGGACAGCGAUGGACAGUGCGUCUGGCGGUGGCGGCCGCGACAAUAGAUUCGGCAUGGGUUACGCGUCGAACAUGUCGCUGUUGGACCCGUCGGACAUUUACAACAACGGCGUUGGCGGUCAGCAACAACGGCCGUCCACGUCGCGAACACCGCCCAUGAUGGGAUGCGGUCCUGGAGGUCCUGUACACCAGCGUGGCAUCAAGCGAACCCUGGGCCCCGGCACUAACAUGUGCUAUGAACCAACCGAUCACCAUCGGUUGGUCGAUGACAACUUUUCGCCUCCUUCCGUCAAGGAUGUUUCACCUUCAAAUGGCAAGAAGACCAAGGGCCGUGUAAAAAUCAAAAUGGAAUACAUUGAGAAUAAGUUGCGCAGAUACACAACAUUCUCCAAGAGGAAAACCGGCAUCAUGAAGAAGGCAUAUGAGUUGUCAACACUAACAGGCACUCAAGUCAUGCUAUUAGUAGCAUCUGAAACGGGUCAUGUGUAUACGUUUGCCACGCGCAAGUUACAGCCGAUGAUUACUUCUGAAGCUGGCAAAGCGCUUAUUCAGACAUGCCUAAAUUCACCAGACCCAUGCCCGUCUUCAUCCGGUGCAAACUCAGGGGACCAACGUAUGUCAGCAACUGGAUUCGAGGAGACCGACCUGUCUUACAACAUUGGUGACGACCACGAUUCCAAAGAAACCGACGGGAUGAGUUCUAGAGCGUCGGACAGCGGCGCAGAGUCUAGCGGAUCGGAAUCACCGCCCCCCGCAGCAGCCGGUCCAGCCACACGGUCACCGCCGUCGCCGUCGCCGCCGUCGUCCUCCUCGGCAGCAGCAGCAGCAGCCGCCGCGUCUCCCGGGAUUUUCAGAUUAACGUCGAGCAACGCGGAGUUGGUGUACUCGAAUCUAGCAGCCAUGGUCAAUUCGUCCGGCGCUUCCGGUCCACAGCAACAGGCGGCCGUGCUGUUCCGGUUGGGGCAGUUGGGCCGACAGCUCCAGGCGUCCGGACAGCAACCGUUCAUACUGCCGAUGCCGAAUCCGCCAGCGGCGCACCAGACGCCCGCCGAUCUCAGCAGCAAGUCGUCGCGGAACAAAUCGGAGCUCUGAAAUCAUCCUUACAGAGGCGCCCGGCGUCCAUGUAACGUCCAUAAAGUACAUGAAAUAUUAUAAUAAUAUGUAAAAUAUAUACAUAUGAUGUGCACGCCCGCCGAUAGCGUCUUACUUUCAUAUAAUAUUUGUAUUAUUAUUAUUAUUAUUACAAUAAUAUGUUAUAUGGAUUUUUUCAAACACUUUUUCGGCGUUGAUCCUUUUCGCGCAGGUGUAUAAUAUCUUUGUAUUGUAUACUGCAUGUAGGUAACGCCACUUUUGAAUCUAUACUAUUGUGCGAUGUGUAUGAACUUUUAUUUUCGGUUUUGACAAUUAUUCAUAUCGUGGGGCUUCGACUAUCGUAUCUGCAUCAAAUGUCUGGAACAGUGGAGGAAGAAUGGUGCAGAUGAUCGCAAUCGCAUACACGACACGCAGUAUCAAUAAAAUAAUAUGAUAUAAUAUAUUCACGUCUCACAUAAUGCACAUAUACCGUCUUGCAGAGGCCAUGAAAAUUUGUCUAAAAGAAACCCCGUUGGAAGCAUCAUAUUUAAUUCUAAUUCUUAUCACGAAAUGCGCGUUUCUGAAUCAUAUCGACAUUUUCUGGUCAGCCAUCAGCGUAAAAGCACAGUUUUAUGUGGACGCGUUACAGCAUUUUAUAUAUUACCUAAUCAUUAAUAUAUAAAGUAUUUUAUUACGAAUAAUCGUUCAUGUUUUGUCUUUAAAGUUUAAUAUCAUAUCAUAAAAAAAAUUAUUUCUUUUACCAAAAAUCGUAAAUUAAUUUUUUUUAUUUAUGCGACUUAAUUCAACAAAAAUGUAUUUAUAAUACUGUAUUAUAUAUAUACAAUAUACCAAUAUUACAAAUACUAAUAACAUUAUUAUGCGCAGUCGUAUACAGUUUGCAAACUGCGUGUAAUUGUGUAUGUGUGUUCAUUUUAAAGUAGUCGUUUAGAAUUAAACGUUCUUUCCAAUUGUUUCUUGACCCCCGAUAUGACGUAAUAUCUCACAAUAAAACUGACCAAUAAUUUUUCACGUAUAUUAAUAUUAUAAAAAAAAACAUUUUUUUUAAUUUUUUUUUGCUUAUUAAAAUAAAUCACGUGAUUUAUUUUAAUUCAUACAAAUACAUAUUAUGUAUAUUUAUAACCUUUUUUUUUUACCCAUUUUGGUCUUAUAUUUGCUAUUUUCUAAUACAUAACUUGUUUGGCGAUAAGUCAUUUUAAAAUAAUUUUCAAUUGCAUAUGUGAAAACGAAAUCCUCGUACCUGCUUUCACUAUAGGUACAGUGAAAUAUUUAUUUAAAAAAUUCUUAUCCAAUGAUUAAUUUAAUGUAAAAAAUCAAAUAAUUUUUCUUAAACCUAUCAUCAUUCACCUAUUAGAUAUUUAGAUAUGCGUUGCGCAUAAACUAAAUACUUUAGUCUACUUAAAUCAAGAGCAAUAAUAAACGAUUAAACAGUGUGAUUGUCUGGGGUUAAAUUGGACCAAUUUUGCCUUAUAAAAAAUGCUACGUCAUAAUAUCAAAUCCAGUGUCUAACUACAAUUAUGUGAUUAGGUAAUGUAACUACGUAGUUAUCUAUAUAAUAAAAUCUUUUUUGAUUUGUAACCAUCUGGAAAAAAAUGUAAUAUUCCACACUAUAAUUGACACUUAUAAGUUGUUCCUUUUUAUCUACCUCUUCCACCCGCCUUUUUUCGUAAAGUUUGUAAUUAUAUUAUAACUACAUAUAAUUUAUUUAUUUUAUUAUUGUAAUUUUUUGUUCAUUUAUAUAAAAUAUCAACUGACCAAAGAUAUAUAUGUAGGUAUAUUUAUUUAUAUUUUAAAUACAUAAUAAUAAUAUUUAUGUUAAACGUAUAUUUAAAGUACCUAUAUAUUAUAUACCCAUUAAUUUUUGACUGUAUUAAAUUGCCUUAGUCACUGUAAAUAUUGUUAUUAAUUAUUAACAAUAAUUUUUGUAAGAAUUACAUCGAUUCGAUUGUAUAAUACUAAUAUAUUAUAAUUUACCAUAAUUUGAAGAAAAAAAUUAUGUAUACAAUUUCAAUCGACUUAAACUAAUAUUAUUUUGAGUUUUUUUACAAUAGUUUUGUCCACAGACUGAUUAUUUUUGUACCUAAUUAACCAUAAUUUUAACAUUUUGAACCGAUAUUAAUAAUUUUGACUUUGUUGUCUUCAUAAUGAUUUUAUGACACAGAAAAAUAGUUUAUUUAUUGUUCGAUUUAUUAUAUUCGCGCUAAGAUGAUCCUUUAUUCGUGUCAUAACCAUCACAAGAACAAGUACUAAAGUACUUACUUACAUAGAUACAAUAUAAUAUUCUGAAACAAGCAUAAACCGUGAACAAUUUGUCAAACUUAUUACGCAAUCGAUGAAGGGGGAAAAGUUUGUAUUUAGAAUGUUCAUAGAUUUAUGAUAUAAACAGGAAAAUAUUAUAACUAUUGCAGUAUACAAUGCCGUAUGUUCAUUUAUAGCGAUUAUAAAAUUGAAUGGCAUGUAAAUAUAUUGUUAAAUAAGUGACAAAAUAAUAUUAUUAUACUACUCGCAUGUUAUAAAUAUUUUUUUACUAAA